UGUACUGUGUUUUUUCUGCGUAGUCCCCCAGACUAGACUAUAUCCAGCCCACGAAGGACAAAAGCGAAAGUUAAGGAACUCCGUCUUGCUUAAAAGCAAGAGUUGAGGGCUAAGCGUGCACCUUUUCAGAAGUCUUGAGGACAAAAGAAAACAUGUACCAUUCCUAAUUUGAGUCUGUCAAAAGAAAGGCAACGUAGUUCAGGCGUGAGACUGGUCAUGCUGCCAGCGUGAUCUCUGGAGACUAUCUGCAAUGACGGUUUUAGCAGGUGUGAAGCCUGUGGCUGGACAAGGGGCAGGUGAAGGAAGGCCCUCCUGGCCAAUUUUCCUGCUAACGCUAGCUGCUGUCAUCUCCUCUUUUCUGUCAGCUUUGUCCAUGUACCAACUGGUACAUCUCAGAUCUGAAAUAGAGGGACUCAAAUUAGAAGCCUGUCGCAGGAGAGAAGAGGGUCAAGAGGCCAGGUACGGAGACCAGACUGAGAGUGGCAGGAGAAGCAGCCAAGAGACUCCACACCAUCCUGGGUCUCAACAUGCAUUCGACCUGAUAAGGAGGAAGAGGACAGCAGCUGGAAAAGAGACGUUUGUUUCUCAGCCUUGUCUGCAGCUGUUGGCAAACAGUAGCAGAAAACCCUUCAGGAAAGAAAUUUUAUCAGAACCAUACACAAGUAUCCCUUGGCAGACUGGGCUGAAGAGAGGCUCUGCCCUGGAGGAGGACAACGACCGCAUAUUGGUCAGAGAGGAGGGCUUCUACUUUGUGUACAGUCAGGUCUACUACAUGGACAGCACCUUUGCAAUGGGCCAUGUGGUGAUCCGGUGGAAGAGGAAUGUUGUGGGAGAUGAGCUCUCAUUCGUGUUUCUGUUCCGCUGCAUCCAGACCAUGAACCCUGAGUACGCUUUCAACACCUGCUACACAGGAGGUAUUGUGAAGCUGGAGGUCGGAGACUACUUGGAGCUUCUGAUCCCGCGGCCCGCUGCCAACGUGUCCCUGGAUGGUGAUUCCACCUUCCUGGGUGCUUUCAAACUGGCCUGAAAUGCAUCACCUCACACAGGACCCAAGGGAUGCAGCUGUAGGGAAAGAGGUGCCACCGUUAGAGGAGAGGAAGCAACACGACACAGUUCUUGUGACUGAGCCUGACUUUUCAUGUUAUGAGAAAAAUACAGGAAGCAGCCGCUUCUGCAUGAGCUGAGCGACAGACUGUGUGACGCUGAGCUUGUUCAGCCUGAGCUGAUGUAAAGGCGACAAUAAGUUGAGGAUAUUUUCUUUACUAUUUAGCUUUGUUAUAUUCAUUUGUAGCGCACACCAAGACAGAAUGUUGUAAAAACUGUCAGAAUCAGGUAUAUUUUCUUCAAAUAGUUACAAAUAUGGCAAGAUUCAGCUUGUAAGAGAGGUGUCUGAAAUCAUUCUUACCCUCUGCAACAGCAGCAUCACUGUACCAGAAGUUCCUAUAUGCUUUACUAUUCUAGAUAUUUGCACAUAAGUGUUCUGAUUUAUCAUACCUAUUUCAUCAUUUGCAUUAACUGCAUAUGUGUAUGUUUGAGUGAUAAAUAAGUUGUUUUGCAAUAAAGUGACAACUCUUGCACAAGA